UAAAAUAUAAAUAUUUAUUAAAAACCCGCGGUUCAACCUUCACUGUGAAUCUCAAAACCUUGACCCUUCAGCCUUGAUGGUUCGGUGUUUUGUCCGAACAUUUUCUAGGCAAAUAUUGGUCUAGAAAUCUUUACAACUUUUCUACUCUUUCUGAUUCAAGAGUUGGCAAUGGAAAACAACAGUGAUUCAACUCCGCUAAUCCCCAUCACGAUCGAAGCUGCCGCUGAGGUCAUGCCAGGGAAUUGCGUGGACUUGGAUAACAACUCUUUUGAUAAUGACGAUAGCCAAACUGCAAGUGAUACUUCGGUUUUGGAAUCAUCGAUUGAGCACGAUGCGCUGGUUUCUGAUGGCGAUAGUAGUGCCGCCAACGGUGAGAAGGCCCUGUCGUUUGGGAGCGGCUUGACAAGGUUGCUUCAAGGGGAUAGCGUGCACGAUCAAAUCAAGAGGACGUUCCUUCAUGGAUUGCGUUUUCUUGAAGCGCUACCUGAAGUGGUUUCCAUUGACAGGAACUCUUUUCCUGGUCCGAUUGGGCAAGUCAAGCUGCUGGCGUUUGAGAUGUUUGCGAAAGCCACCGAGGAGAGGCGUGGCGGGGAUGCAAAUGUCGUGUAUGCUUGGUUUCCUGCUACAGGAGACGAGAUACGCCGCAUUUUACAAGAUGGUUCGAUACACGGAUCGGGUUUAAAAAUUAUGGUCCAAAUUGCUGGGAUUUGUACCAGGAAGAAUCCACCCCCGAGUUGUCAAAUCGCCGCCCCACUUUAGCAUGAACGAUUAGCAACCGUUUUAGGGACUUAAACACGGCCCCAAUAUGUCCUUUUUGACUUGUGCUUUCUUCA